GAAGGCGAAGCCCUAAGCCUGGCCUCUCGCCCGCGGGGAGUCCGCGGUACGCCUCCCGCACCCCUCGGGACCAGGACUUCUGCGAGCGCGCGGGAAGACCGGCGGAGCCUGUGCUUCAGCUCGGGCGUGGACGGGGCGGGCGCUGGGGCGGGGCUCGCGCUCGCGGGUUUGAAUGGAAGGGGCUAGACCAGCGGAGACGGCGGCGAGCGGGUCCUGAAACCAGAACUCCAUCGCCGCCCUGCGCGCCAUGAGGCGGGAGAGGUGUGGCGCCUCUCGCCUGCGCUUCGGCCAUGGAGGUGCUGCGGCGCUCUUCGGUCUUCGCUGCGGAGAUCAUGGACGCCUUUGAUCGCUCGCCCACAGACAAGGAGCUGGUGGCCCAGGCUAAAGCACUAGGCCGGGAGUACGUGCACGCGCGGCUUUUGCGCGCCGGCCUCUCCUGGAGCGCUCCAGAGCGUGCCUCGCCUGCCCCUGGAGGACGCCUGGCAGAGGUGUGCACCGUGCUGCUGCGCUUGGGUAUCACAUGGGGCAAGGUAGUGUCCCUGUACUCGGUGGCUGCGGGACUAGCGGUGGACUGCGUCCGGCAAGCUCAGCCAGCCAUGGUUCAUGCCCUGGUUGACUGCCUGGGGGAAUUUGUACGCAAGACCCUGGCCACCUGGCUUCGGAGGCGUGGUGGAUGGACGGACGUCCUCAAGUGUGUGGUCAGCACAGACCCUGGCUUCCGCUCCCACUGGCUCGUGGCCACACUCUGCAGCUUUGGCCGCUUCCUGAAGGCUGCAUUCUUCCUCCUGUUGCCAGAGAGAUGAGCUGCCCACCAGAGCAGGGGCCACUCCUAGGGUCCCUGGGCCCAACCUAAGGGGGCCUACAGCACCUGCAAAGCACUCACUCAAAUUGGGAGCAUUUAGCCCCUGGGGCCCUGUCCCAAACCCCAUUCCUUUGUGGACUCUGGCCUCUGGGAGGAGUGAGUGGAGAAAGGCAGAGUCUGGAGCUGGCCUCUGGGUCUGCCGUAGCUCUUCUCCUGGAACUCCUGCCAGAAGUCCCGUGUCCUGUGUCUAGGCCAGUGCCCUGCUCUAGAGAAAGGGACCUGCAGAUAUUUUCACUUGAUUGCUCACGCCCCACCCAAGGACGGGCCUUCCCAGGACAUGAGCUGGCCUCAGUCUUUGUGGGAAGCAGGUCCUGUAUAGUUGAUCUGAAGGUGGCUAACGCAGAAGCUGCCAGGGGUGUUUACUGUCCCUAAAGGCAGAUAGAAGGCUUCUUGCUGUUUAGAUAUUUCUAGGUGAGGAGGGUGUCCCUAAGCCACGAUGGGUCCUUUGUGGCAGGAACCAGAGAUGUAGGGCUCUGGACUAGUUCGCCUGACCGAUGAACGAGAGAGCCUGUGGAUGAGGAGGUCUGUAUAAGUUAUAUUCCAAUAAAGCUUUACCCAGUGA